CAAAUGGCAUGGAAAAGAAUGAAAAAAAUAAGAAGUGUUGGGUUGUGUGAAGCCACAGAGCAGUUCACAAGGUCCUGCUCAAGGUGCCCGUACACCCGUGUCUUCCAGCUUCCGUCCUCUGGAUGUAUUGAAUGUAUUUGGAAAAGAAAGAGGUGAAGAGCGGUCUCAGGGAUCCCAUCAGCUUUCUGCCUCUGUCCCUACUGACUCCAGCAACACGAUAGUUAUUUGCAGUUGUCAGGAUGGCUACAGGCAUUUCACCCGCAGAAACCAACAAGUUUCCUGGCCAUGAAGGCAGCGGCAGAGCAGCUGUGAGCGCUGCAGGCGAAGGAGGACCAGCCCCGCAGCCAAGGAACUCUUCCCCGCCGGCGGCGCCUUAAGAAGAUGCUGCCCAGCUAAAAGGAUGCUGAGCGCUCAGGGCUUGUUCGCUGGUCCCGUCUGCUCUGCUUGUUUCCAUGCAAACGUUUCCUCCAAUAUGAGCCGUCUGGUGGGGCUUCCAGUGCGCGUCGCCAUCUGCCUGCUUCUGCUCAGCUCCUUCAGCCUGCAAGGCCUUGCUUUUCGUGACGAGGGGAGGCACGUCAGAGAACUGCCCCGGUCCUCCCCGACCGGGAACAGCUUCCAAGAUGUGGCCAACGAGAGGGGCUCAAACCCUGGAAACAACUCAGGCUCGCCUUUACCAACAGUCGGCGCUUCUUCCUUCGAAAGCCCGUACAGCGCUUCAGUGGAGUCCUCUGGGAAGUCAUUCAAGACCACCGCCACCACCGUUAAAGCCAUGUUGCAAUCCAUUACGGGCAUCCCCGUUCUCCUGGGACGCCAGAGUUUGGACAUUUACGCCACAGCAUCCCCAGGGACGGGCAGAAGCGUUGGCCCGUUCGAUUCCAACGAACCCCGUGAAGAGCUAGAUAAAAACAAAGCGGAGGAGAUUUUGCUCACCACCGUUGUGACAACUCCCGUUCCAAAUAUUCAGGGUGAGGUGCAGGAUGGCACCGCAAGAGAGACGACGGAGGGGAACGGAGGUGUUGGAGCAGGGCUUAGCUCCACAGAGAAUCUAAAACAGGAUGUUUCUACCCCCAGUUUCCUGGAAGGCAUGAAAAGCAUCCGAUAUUCCAGCACGCCCUGGCCGACCGCACAAGGAGAGGCGGCGCGUCUUCCGGGUACCACAACGGGCGACCAGACCACAGAUCCUUCCCCACCGGUGGGACAGCUGCUCCGUUCUGAGCAAAGGCCAAAUGGAGAGGAUGACCUCUUGAUUUCGACCAACCAAGGAGCAACCACGGGACCCACCCUCGUCCCCGCAGACAACGGAUUCAAUCCGGAAGGGGGAGCCUCCCACGGUCCGCGGCCCUCCAACGACACGCCCAGCGCUCCGGCCGCGCCGCAAAGCGAUGAGUGGGAUGAUACAAAAUCGGGGCUGGCCGGCCAGGCAAGAACUGCCCAACCGGUGGGAGAGAAUUGGUUCCAGACAGUAACGGGGCUUUCCCUACAGCCCGGAGGGGAGGAUGAGGAAGAUGAGGUGAAGAAGGCCCUGGCGCCAAGAGUUUGGGGACCUGGAGCAGAAGGGCAGAAAGAGAUUUCCAUGGACUCUGGCCAGGCACUCAUGGAGGCGCCGACCCCACUUUCUGCCGGCUUGAGUCCUGCCGAGGCCACUGACACACCGGAGAAGGACCACUCCUAUGCUGAACGCCCGAUGGAAGAGGCGGGCCAGCCUGUGGCUAACCUGUCUGGAUUGCGUCUAGAGACGGCAACGACCACCGACGUGACCAAAUCAGGUGUCUUCCAAACCCCAGCAAUGCCUCUAACAGGCAAUCCUCAAGGGGCAGCAAUGGCCUUCCAUGACACUGAUGCCAUGCUACCAGCUGUGACCCCAGGAGACUUCACUACUCAGGCUCCCACAGGGCAAGCACAGACGAUGGAGGAAGAAAAGGCCUCGGCAACCCAAAUACUACCUGUUUCAAGCACCUCCGAGAUGCUGAGAAAGUCAGAAAGCAUGGCAACGACCGUAUUACCUCUUUCCACCCUUUCGUCUAUUGCUAAAACGGUGGAUGCUGGAGAUACGGCUCCCGUCCCGGGAAAGGAUGAAGUCACUUCUGUGGCUGACUCAGCUACAACUCUAGCUAAAGUAGGAGCGCAAACAGAAGAUGUUCUUGACCGAACAGAAGCCAUGACUGCUCUGCCUUCCUUGGCGCCUUCCACAAGGAAACCCACUGUGGCUGCUGCGCACCGGAUUACGACUGCUGCAACCUAUGAACUGGGCAGACUGGAAUGGGAAGAGGAAGAGGAGGAAGAGGAAGAAGAGGAGGAGGAAGAGGAGCCCGACGAGGAUGAGGAGGAAGAGGAAGAUGACGAGAAUGACGAUGACAGGGACCCAAACUCCAUGGAUGAAAGCUUGGAUGGGGAGGGUGACUUAGUCGGCUUCACUGUUCCCGGGGAGACCUCACAGGAUCCUCUGGGAGAACUCGAAGACGCUGCAGGCCCACUUUCGGAGGUAUCGUACCAGGUGCCGAGCGCCAUCGAGUGGGAGCAACAGAACCAAGGGCUCGUGAGAAGCUGGAUGGAAAAGCUCAAGGAUAAGGCUGGUUACAUGUCCGGUAUGCUGGUUCCUGUGGCCGUGGGCAUCGCCGGCGCACUUUUCAUCCUGGGCGCGCUCUACAGCAUCAAGAUUAUGAACCGCCGACGCAGAAAUGGCUUCAAGAGACACCGGCGAAAGCAGAGGGAGUUUAACAGCAUGCAAGACCGAGUGAUGCUUUUGGCAGAUAGCUCCGAAGAUGAAUUUUGAAUCAGACCGCAGUGCUGCGUGGUUCCUCUCCAGUGACUAUUUCUCCUCACAUCUUUCUUCCUCCCCCCCCCAAUUUUUGUUUCUUCGUUUUGCAAAGAGAGGUGUGCAAGCGGAAAACAUUUCUGCUGCAUCUCAGCUACCAGCUGUGUCUCGUGCACCCACCUGCCGGCGGUGGCUUCUGCAACCCACUCACACACAAAGCACACACAAAUCGGAGCAUGCUGCAGUGCCGGCAAAACACACCAGAAUUAUGAUGAUUUUU